AUGGGUUUACUAUCGAUCAUCCGCAAAACGAAGCGGAAAGAGCGCGAGAUGCGCAUUCUGAUGCUUGGAUUAGACAACGCAGGGAAGACGACGUGUGUGAAGAAGUUUUGUGGUAAAGACACGAGUUCGAUUAGUCCGACACUUGGGUUCCAAAUCACCGCCUUCUCCCUAAAUGGGUGCACAUUGAACAUAUGGGAUGUUGGUGGUCAGCAGUCACUCCGCAGUUACUGGCGAAAUUACUUCGAGAGCACUGAUGGGUUAAUAUGGGUGGUGGAUAGCAACGACGUUGCUCGUUUGGAUGACUGCAGGCGAGAACUCCACACACUAUUACAGGAAGAACGGCUUGCCGGCGCUAGCCUGCUUAUCCUUCUAAACAAACAGGAUCUAUCAGGUGCCCUUCCUCCCGGAGAGAUUGAACGACACCUUGGAAUUGACAUUAUCCGCAAGGGAAAACGACACGUUUAUCUGUGCGCGUGUAGUGCGAAGACAGGUGCUGGCCUGUUGCAGGGAAUGGAGUGGAUUGUACAGGAUGUAUCCAGUAGAAUGUAUUUUGCGGGGUAG